AUGCUUAAAAUAGAAAGGAGUUGCACUGACAAUAUCACUUUUUCCUUCUUCUUUAGAACAACCAUCAAGUGGGAAGGGUUUCUUUGGCGCUUACCCUUUUUUUAUUAUUUUUGUUCUGCUUUCUCUUUCGUGUUAUAUUUUAGACAUCAUAACGUCAUUUAUACCCGACCUGACAAUCAAAAUGUUCUUUACUUUCUUUCAAUUUUCUACCAUUUUUUCUUUGCUUUAUUUCCUUUGGCCAUUACCUUAUUACUUGUUUCUUCACUUCUUUUUGGUUGUCAUUCUUUUUAUCCAUGUUUUCUUUUUUUCUUUCUUUCUUUCUUUCUUUCUUUCUUUCUUUCUUCAGAAUUCUUUUUUCUGUCUCUUGUUCCAUUUCUUCUGUUUGCCCGGUUUUUCUUUUCCCCUUUAUUCGUCUAUUUUCGUUCUUUUAUUUCUUUCUUCGUUUUAAAAUCUAUCUAUCUUUCGUAUCUUCUUUUUUCAUUUCUUUCUUUCUUUAAGUUUCGUUAUUUUUUCUUUGUUCCUUUUUCUCCUUUUCUUUCUACGUUAACCUCUUCUCUUCCUCAUUCUCUUUCAGAAUUCUCCUUUUUUCAUUCUCUAUUUGUUUCCUAUCGUGUCUUUCUUUCUUUGUUUUUCUUCUUCUUUCGACAUUCUUUAAUUUUUCAUUUUUUCAUUUUAUUCCCUUCUUUUGGCUUUUUUUCUUUUUUUAUUCUUGUUUUUCUUGCCCCCUUUGCUUGUGACUUUCUUUCUUACCAGCGGGACCCUUUUUCUUUCUUUCUUUCUUUCUUUCUUUCUUUCUUUCUUUCUAUAUAUAUAUAUAUAUAUGUGUGUAUGUAUGUAUAUGCUUAUUCUUGUUCUCCUUUGUCAUUCCUCCUUUUUUCCUUUCUAUGA